AUGGAUUAUAUUAUUUGGUGAUUUAGGAAAAUUGAGAGGAGAAUUUUUAUACAUAUACCAUAUAUAUUAUUUUGCAAAAAGUUAUAAUUCAAAUUGCUGGCAUCCUUUGUAACAAAUAGAAUUCUCUUUUUGGUGAAUCAAAUAUGGCAACAGACUCAUGGAAGCAAAGUUAUGGCUUUAUUGAGUGUGCUGAACAGGAUCUUCAAGUGUUCUUUCAUUACAGUCAGUACAAAGGACAUUCAAGUGAACUGGAACUUGGUGACUGUGUGGAGUUUGAAGUGACAUCAGAUUCUCGUAAGGGUAAACCAAUUGCAUGUCGAGUGGUGAAAUUGGAACAAGGCUCUGUUACAUUUGAAGAAAAAAGCGAGGAAAGAGUUGUUGGUAAAGUGGAAGUUGAGGCGAGGUUGUCGAGACACAGCUACCCCAAACAGCAGUUAUUUCGCAAUGGCGAGUCCGAAUGUGGUCGCGUUAGUUAUGAAGUGAACGGAAUCGGCGUGAUUCUUUAAGAAGAGCAACGGAAAUUCAUCUCAUCAAGGAAGUGGAAAGCAGCAAUGGAUGCAAUGUCAGAGAAAGAGGAUUUGUUUCGGCUUUGAAAGACGGCUAUAGCUUUAUUCAAUGUUGCGAUAGGGAUACAAGAUUAUUCUUUCAUUUCAGCGAGUUGAUUGAUGCGGUCAUGUUUGUGAUAAUCCUCUAUUAAAAAACGCAGAAAAAUUCCCAGAUUCUUGGUUUACUGCCUUCCCAAAGAGUCGUAGUGCUGCUAAAGCAAGAAUAUCCAGUGGUAGUUCAUGGUGUGCUCCUGCUGCUAAUAGUAAUCAUUACCUUCAACUGAAUUUUCCGAGUCUUUAUACAGUUAACGUUAUCACUAUCUUUGGAGACAGUUCAAGUUCAAGCUUUAUAACUAAAUAUCACUUGCAGACAAACAUUGAUGGUGUGAACUGGAAAUCUGAAAAAU